AUGAUCUUCGAUCCAAGAGGUCAGCUCACACCGUUCACGAUGCGUGCACGAGUACUGUUUCAGGAGGCAUGUGUCGCUGGAUAUGGUUGGAACGAGCAGCUGAAUGACGACGACACGGCCCGUUGGAAGCGCUGGCUAUCAGAGUUACCCGAACUGGUACGGAUCCACGCUGACCGAUGUUUCAAGAACACCGAUCCGGAUCCAACCUGCGAGAAGACAGAAGUUCACACGUUCGUCGAUGCAUCGGAUGCAGCUACAGCAGCAACCUGCUGCGUCCGUUCUGAAUAUCCAGACGGACGCGUGAAGGUGACACUGGCAUAUGCUAAGUCGCGGCCAACUCCCAUCAAGAAGCUAAGUAUCCCAAAGCCCGAGCUGAAUGGAGCAGUCCUUGGAGUACAGCUAAGUAAAGAGCUGGAAGCAGCGCUGAAGAUACCAUUGACGGAGCACCGUUUCUGGACAGCCAGCCUCAAUGUGUUGUACUGGCUGAGAUCCCACAGCCGACGAUUCAGCACAGAUAUCGGGGUAAAAAUCUCGGAGAUUCAACGUGCCACAUCACCUCUGCAAUGGCAACAUGUGCCCGGUAAGAUCAACCCGGCAGACCUAUACACACGAGGAAUGCCAGCAACCUCGCUAGCAACAAGCAGCACAUGGUGGACAGGACCAGAGUUUCUGUCCAAGCCAUCGACCGAGUGGCCGCAACGCGAUAUCACCGUCCCAAGCAAGUUUCUAGGAGAGACUAAGCGACACCAAGCGCUGACGUUUGUCGCCGAAGCCACGGUACCUAGACUGCGUCCCGAGAACUUUUCUUCUGCAACCGACUGA